AUGGAGAACAAUGUUGUGGAUCUGCUCGGUAAUGGGAAGGUGGUGAAGACAAUCCUUUUGGAGGGUUCUGGUGAAACGCCUGCUGUAGGUUGUCAAGUGAAAGUGCAUUACACGGGUACGCUUACGGAUGGUAAGAAGUUUGACUCUAGUAUUGACCGUGGCACACCAUUUGAGUUUGCUUUGGGUCAAGGACAAGUGAUAAAAGGUUGGGAUGUAUGCGUGAUGAGUAUGAAGAAGGGUGAGAAGUGUCGUGUGGAAUUGCAGCCUGAUUUUGCAUAUGGAGAGCACGGUAGUCCACCUACGAUUCCACCUAAUGCUGUUCUGGUGUUUGAAAUUGAGUUGUUGGAAUUUAGUACCCGUAAGGUUCCUGAGGCCAUGUCAAUGGAUGAGAAGUUGACGGCUGCCGGAGAACUGAAGGAGGAAGGAACUGCCUUGUUUAAAGACGGGAAGCUUGGCGAUGCCGUCAGACGGUAUUUGGAGGCGGCCGGAUUGCUUGAAAAUCUCGAGAAUUGGCCUGAAGACAAACAACCCGAAGCAAGGAAACUCGCCAUCUCAACAAACCUCAAUGUUGCCUUGGUCCAUAUCAAACUUGAAAACUGGAUCGAAGCAACAAUCGCCUGUGCCGCAGUUCUCAGAGAUGACCCAACAAAUGUCAAGGCUCUCUAUCGCCGUGCCAUCGCACGCACUGGCAUCCAAGAAUUUGAACUCGCCAUCAAUGAUCUUAAACAAGCGCUACAAAUCGACCCCGAAAAUAUGGACGUCAAAAAACAAAUAACAAUCACCAAUAAUAAACGGAAACAACAGGAGGCGAAGACACGAUCCAUGUAUCAACGAAUGUUCUAA